AUGAUUGGAUGUGACAAUGACAAAUGCGAAAUCGAAUGGUUUCACUUCGAGUGUAUCGGUCUUACCACAAAGCCAAAGGGCAAAUGGUUUUGUCCGAAUUGCCGGCAUCCGGACAGCGCUCGUAUGCCGAAAGCGUCUCGAGCCAUUAACGCCAAUAAUCGGAAUAAUGCAGCGGUUGAAAAAGUCUAG